CAAGCAUGGCGAUAAUGGCAGCUAAUGCUCUACUCUCGCUCUCCAUAUGCUUCGUCUCUUUCACGUUUCUCUCCAUCCAAACAGUGGUUUCUUCAUCUACAGAUUCAUUCGUCUUUGGAGGCUGUUCUCAACAAAAAUACACACCCAACUCACCCUUCGAGUCCAAUCUCAACUCACUAUUCACUUCCCUAGUUAACUCAGCCACUUACUCCACCUACAACACCUACACCAUCAUAGGCUCAAGUCCCCAAGACGUUGUUUACGGCCUUUACCAAUGCCGCGGCGACCUUUCUAUGCCGGAUUGCGCCACCUGCGUCGCCCGUGCAAUCACCAAAGCUGGCUCCUAUUGCCCAUCCGCAUGCGGUGGCGCGGUUCAGCUGCAAGGCUGCUUCGUCAAGUACGACAACGCUACCUUCCUAGGAGUCCAGGAUAAGAACGUGGUGUUCAAGAAGUGCGGGCCGUCGGUGGAGUACGACAAGGAAUCGGAGAUCGUGGGCCGUCGAGAUGCGGUGAUGAACGGGUUGAUGAACGGCGGUGGAUCAUUCAGAGUGGGCGGGUCAGGGGAUGUCCAGGGUUUGGCUCAAUGCGUGGGGGACCUUAACGCCGACGAUUGUCGGGAUUGUUUGUCGGAAGCAAUCGGACGGUUGAAAACCGAAUGUAGAGCAGCGGCGUACGGCGAUUUGUACUUGGGCAAGUGUUAUGCCAGGUUCUCCACUUUUGGGGCUUGGGAUAAUUUAGCUAAAAGACAUAAUUCGCCAUUUUCAUUGGUUUUUUGGCUGCUAAUGCCACUGUUGUCUUCCUCAUUUUUCUUGCUUUCUUAACAAAGGUGGUGGACUGAAAUGGAGGUAAACAAUAUUCCAAGAAAUUCCAGAAGAAGAAAGGCAGAGUUGAUUUUACUUUAUUUCACGAAAGGUUGCUGUCUUCAAAAAGUGUCCAUUAUGAAGAACUAAAGGAGGAUAAAGGGGCACUCUUCCCUUCCACUUAACAAAGCUGUCUUGUCUUAAUGUGAGAAAACAAUGGGAUAUUAUUCUUUUUUGUAAAGGUGGUGGUGCAUAAAUGGUGUUUCUUCUUUCUUUUUCUUCUUUCAAAUGGUGUUUCUUUUUUCUUUCUUUUUUUUUUUUUUUAUGUGAAUGCCAUUCAUCUUUUCCUUAUA